GAUCAGAUGACUCAGCUUCUUGUGGCAGUGGUGGUCACACACUCAAUUUUGAACCUGUUGGCACACUUUCCAGUUGUUUCCAAACUUGCCAGAGGAGGUUCUUCAUGCUCAACUUUCAUGUUGGAGCCUAAUAAUUCAAAGAAAAGCAUCAAAGAAAAUGGACUUUUUCUGACAUUAGCUCCUCCCACAACAAUUUCAAUGUCUCAAGGUUCAAAAUUAAGGCACUCUCAACCUCAUCUGGCUUGCCAUAGCACUGAAUUCUCUGAUUUUGAAUCACUACCUUAUCAAGGAAAUGUUGAAGAUCCAAUUCUUUGGCCAGAACUCAGCGGACCAAGUCAUCAGCAACCUUACUACAGCUUCUUCCCACAAGCAGUGGCAAAAAAAGACCAAGCCAUAGGCAGAGUGAAUAAUUGUAACAAUGGUGAAGCAGGCGGAAGUGUUGAACUCAAUUUGAGGCUAUAAAUGUUUCUAACCUGUAUCCAUUUCUUUGGUAGGCCACUUUGUCAUCUCUCUGAGAUCAUACCAAGUAAGACUUGUUUUCCUUUUUUCUAAAACAAUUUGACAAAUGGGAUGGCAUGGAAAUUUUAUAAAUUUGCUUAUGCAAGCUUGUGUGUGAAAGUAAAAAACCAAAUCUUGGCCAUGUGAGGGCAGAGAGAAGAGAAAGAUAGGGAGAUGUAGAUUGGUUUGUUUUGAUGUUGAAAUUUGAUGAAAGCUAAGUUUGGUCGGUUAUG